CGCGCACGCACGCACGAGUCCCUCCUUCCGCAUUAUCACUUCCCCGUCGCCCGCCCGCGCGCGCGCGCGCCAAUUAUCCCGGCCCAUGCACGACUAGAGUUUACCCGAGUCCUGACUCUCCUCUUGAGCACGCGCCCAAAUAAGCCUUGGUUCGUGCGUGCCAUCUAUCAUCCCAUCCAUGGCGCUGGCGCCUCUGCCGUGAGCAGGAGGAGGCUGGCAGGCGCAGCAGGGACGACGACACCACGUCAAAAGCAACAGGCCUUCCUUUUUAUAGCGCGAGCCCUUUGUUUAGCCUCCGAUUCUCAAGUUUUAAUCCCAGCAUCGUGCUUCCCUCCGGCCUCUCUCUGCGUGUGUAAUUUAUCCCUCCUCCGGCCUGCUACGCCGCACCGCACCGCACCGGGGGCGGCCUUGGUGUGCAUGGGCGCCGCGGCGCCAUGACGACCACAGCUGCCAUGAACGUGGCCGUCACGCAGCUAUGUGCCCGGGGUCGCCGGCGCAGGCCGGCCGCGCUGCGCCACGAUCACCGGUGGGCGCGCUUGCUCCGCCUCGCCGUCGCCACCAGGGCCGUGCGCCUCGUCUGGGACCAGCUUCUCGCCUGCUCCUCCUGCGGCGGGGGCGGUGGCGCCCGGUACCGCCGGCUCGGCCCGCCGCACGGACCGGACGUGCUGACCCCCGUCCCCAUGGAUGACGACGCCUGCGCGGGCGCUGCCGCCCACGCCGACGCCGACGACGACGCGGCGGAUGUCGAGGACGUGGUCGGCCUCAAGGUCAGCCUGCUCGGGGAUUGCCAGAUCGGCAAGACCAGCUUCAUGGUUAAGUAUGUUGGGGAUGGGGAGGAGCAGAACGGGGGCUUGCAGAUGACAGGCCUGAAUCUGAUGGACAAGACUCUGGCUGUUCGGGGCGCCAGGCUCGCCUUCAACAUCUGGGACGUGGCAGGAGACAGCCAGUCCGCCGACCACGUCCCGAUCGCGUGCAAGGACGCCGUGGCGAUCCUGUUCAUGUUCGAUCUCACCAGCCGGUGCACGCUUAAUAAUGUUACCGAUUGGUACGAGAGGGCCAGGAAAUGGAAUAAGACGGCUAUUCCAAUCCUAAUAGGAACGAAGUUUGACGACUUCGCUCAGCUUCCUCUUGAGAUGCAAUGGACCAUUGUCGAUCAGGCCAGAGCAUACGCAAGAGCGAUGAAGGCGACCCUCUUCUUCUCGAGCGCGACGCACAACAUCAACGUGAACAAGAUCUUCAAGUUCAUCACGGCCAAGCUCUUCAACCUCCCUUGGACGGUGGAGCGGAACCUCACCGUCGGCGAGCCCAUCAUAGACUUCUGAACACCAACUAACCACUCCUCCCCCGCCCUACGACUACGACUACGACUAACCAACCUCUCGCCGCCGCUCGCGCGGUGCGCAGCGUUGUACAUAGGUGUACGUUGAGUUGGUUAUGGUUCAUGUACAUGUGCAUGCCUUCUUCCUGGAGAGGAAACCGCGAGGUGUUGGUCGCUCCAUGCAUCUCGCAUGUACACGCAUGUAUAGGGAAUCCAUGCAUGUAAUAUACACGCCCCGUUUUCCCACUUCACAGGAUAACUGUGCGUUGUGCGAUCGUGUGGCGUAGUGGUAGCUCGCACGGACCACGGCCCGGCCUGUGCACGAAUGAUGCAGAUUCAAGAUCUUUUCGACUUCAGUCUUUAGAGUACCGGUGAACACGUCGUGGUUAUAGUUUAUUCCUCCUUGAAAUGGUUAUAGUUUGUCUCUCUCUCGAAACAUGAUUUCGCUCUGCUUUAUAUAUAAUCCAAGCAACCGAACCCAUACAAAGUGUGGGAAAACCCCCAUACAAGCACGUCAAAAGAUAAAAAAAAACUAUCAUGCGGACUGUGAAAACGCACUAACCCGAAGCCGAGCAUGAAAACGGGAGCCGCCACACCGAACAAGAAACGAUAUAGAUUACCGAACAUGAACCGAACCACGCCGCCUUGGGAAACCAUCAGACCCCGGUUAGAGUUUUCGGUGCAAACAGCUCCAGCUCAAAAGUAAUUUGUGUAGGAUUCGCAAAAGGCAUUGCCUGCGACAGUCUGUGAUAGUUGGUGUAGGUACUGGUUCAACCACUGAAUCUCCUAUGAUUUUACGACACAUUUUACUACUACUGGACAGAAGGUGUAUUAUAGUUUACAUCCAACCAUUGAUUCGGUAAGCACUUUAGAAAUUUUAUUUUUCAUAUUUUUAUUUUUACAAGGGUAAUUGAGUAAUUCACUCAAUCUUCCAUCGAGAAAUAAGGGAUCGGAGCCUUCCCGCGCCUCCUCAGAGUUUAGUGGAUUCUGGCCGUCCGAUUCGUUCUCCUGAUACGAUUCUGGGCGUUGGAUCGAUGGGGUGAAUGAUUCUGGCCGUCGGAUCGAGCCGCGCGCCUGUAGCAAUGAAUAGUUACCGCCCCCUCCCGGUCUCUCUCACUUCACGUACUCGUUCCGGUCUCGCUGACGUGUGGGGUCGCUCGCAUGUGGGCCGCGUUUGUCAGCGGCUGUGCCCGGAGAAGCGUCUCGUGUACGUGUUUUGCUGUCAAAAUAUCAUGCCACCGCCAGUAAUUUCGCCACCCCGCCGAGGGCAUUUGUGCAAAUUUGCGUGCGUGUCCGUGAGUGGCGUCGUGUGGGUGGUUGAAUUUGGCGUAAGAGUGGGGAGGGCCCCCGAUUGGGUAGGAACCCUAGCCCAUUCUCCCCGCCGCGCCCCUCUCCCCUUCUCUACCGCCGCCGCCGCCGCCAGCGCAGGCCGCGGACACGACGAGGAGGCGGCCGGCAUCACCGCGCGCCGCCCGGCCAAGGUCUUCUCCCGCGUGCGCCACCUCCUCGCCAAACCUUUCCCCUACGCGCGGCCCUCGCCGACUUGCUCUUCCUCGGCGGGGAGCAGCAGUAGCAGGCGGAGGCGCUGUGCUCGCGGAGGGGCUGCAGAUCCCCGCCGAGCAGGCCGCGCUGGUGCUCGCCGCCGUGCUCCCCGGCGACGACGACGAACCCGCAACGGAAGGAGCUGGCGCCUCCCCGCCCCCAUCUAUCCACUCCGUCCAGAUCUUCCUGUACCCGCAGCAGAUAGAGAGAGGGAUGAUGUGAAGGAGACCAGAUAGAGAGAGGGAUGAUGUGAAGGAGACGAGAGGAAGGAGAAGCCAUGCCCCGUCCACUGCGUCGUGCGCGACGACCGGCUGGGCUCUGUUUCAGCACCCCAAUGCUUGUCGGCGCUUCUUCGACGACCACCCAGGCACGCCAUCGCCUCUCUUCGACCCCAACGGAAGGGACGACUAAUUAAUCUGUCCAGAUCCGAGGCAAGUGAGGCCUUGCUUCACCCCUCUCCCCUUCAAGAAGGAUGUGCCCUUCCUCUGCUCGUUGUUGCUGGUUCAGGCAUGGGCUAUUGAGGCUUCUUCGUGGUGCUUGGACCUGUUAGUUCCCUGGCUUUGGUUUUCUUUCAGUUUUUCGGAUGGGUUACAAAAGCAUGCAGAUAAUGAGAGUUGAAAUUCUGAAUCUUUGCGCCUUUGGAUUAUAUAUAUAGCUAGACUCUGUUUGCAACAAGCUGGGUGCGAAGUAUGCUUCUGUUCCAGUUGUCGAGCUGAAGGAUCACCCAGAUUUAUGUGAAGAUCUUCUGAGGUGCGAAUUCUCUAUUUCUACGAACUGCAGGCGCAAUCUUGUAUUGUUAGUGGUGAACCAUGCUGAUUUUUCUCUUUGUGCCCUGAUGUUUCCUUUUAAGUUAGACAUCACAAUCUUAGAAGCCUUGCAUGACAAAGAUAACCCUUGGCAUAUUUUUUGCUUCUGUCAGUAUACUUUUGAUGGCCAUGCCUCUGAUUGUCAGUAUAUUUUGCUUCUGUCAAUAUACUCCGCAUAAUAUGUUUGGAUGGAUGCGAGUGUACAUCUGGUUUGACAUGGUUUGAAAAAUGACCAACUGGAUGGUUUUUGCAACUUUUGGUUCAAUUCAUGGGUAUAUUAAAUCUGUAGUUGUGAAUUUCAUCUUGCAAUUCAGAAUGCGUUAAUUGGAUUAUAUCGGCGAUGAUAUCUAUAAGGUUAUUUGUCAAAUACCCUGAGCCCAGGACGUGCCUAUGUAAAUCUUACAUUCUGAAAUCACAAGCUUAUGUGAGAUUUUCAACAAUCAUAUACAUUUUGGUCAAUGCCACCCUGAUGGUUAGUGCAUUUUCCUUCUGUCGGUAUACUCUACAUAAUAUAUUUGGAUGGAUGUUCUGAUAUGAGAUUUUUGUGGCAAGUAGUUAAAUCACUCUCACGGGUUGUAAAUCUGUGUUGGUCUGUUUUGAAAAAUGGCCAACUAGAUAGCUUCUGCCACUUUUGAUUAUAUUCAGGGGUAAAUUAAUUUGUACUCGUACAGUUCAUAAUGCAAUUCAGACUCUGUCUAUUGUAUUUUAUGAAUAAUGAUUUGUCUUCGGUUGUUCUGUUCAAAUACCCUCAACCCAAGAUGUAUCUGUGUUAUCUUACAUUCAGAACUCAAAAUCUUAUUGUUGAAUUUGGCGACUACAUUCUGCUGUUGGCUUAGCUUCUCAUUGUCGGUGUAUUUUGCUUGUGUCAGUAUAGUCUGCAUAAGAUGUUUGUGUGGAUGUUCUUAUAUGAAUUUAUGCAGCAACACUAACUAUGAUUUUACAGGUCAAUUAUCAGCACAUAUACAUUCAUUGUUCUUCGCACAAAAAUUUUGAUGCUAAAACUGCCUGGUACAUUAUUGUAGAAAGAGCAAAUGGCAUAUUGUAUGAACUAAUUGUCUCGGUUAUAUGGUUGCCGAGUGUUGACUAAUUUACUCAACAAAGUAGUUUACUCGGUUUAGCAGUUUUGUUCCAUUUGGUUUAAUCGCUCGGGAUUCUUUGGGAGUAUUUAGGACUGAACUACACUUUUAUAGUAAUUGAAAACUCGUCGUGCCUCACAUGACACAGUGCAACGGCUACGAAGAGGACAUGCGAGUUUGUGUUGGGUGUGGGUGGCUGGAUUCUUAUUUUUGAGCUUGCAUGCCUGGCACAUUCUGUUUUCAAAUAUAUUAUACCUAUCUAAUUGUUUGGCGUCUCAGGCACAAGAGCAUGAGGUGUUUGCACCAAUUGCUUUCUUCACACCACGGCCAUGGCUUUGCACCUAUUCUAACUCUGGCAAGUACCCGGUGAUAUAUGAAGCCACCAGCUCUUGUGAUGUACCAUGUAAACAACCGUGUGAUCUCCCUCUUCUUUUGUGAACACGACGGCGCGUCUAUCCAUCCUUGUACGAACAUUGCAUGGAUGGACAUUGCAUCCUUCAAUUUACCAUGUAUGAACAUUUCCAUCCUUUAAUUGUGUUUACUAUCGUUCUGGCCGCUA